UUGAUAAAUAAAAAGCGCUGUCCUUUGUUCAGCCCCUCCGACGCCUCCCAAUAAAAACGCCACCCCGCCCCCCACUCGCCGGAGCCCGGCCGCCGGGAUGCCUCGAGAUUCGCGCCCACUCGGGAUGCGCCUCUUCGGCGUCACCAUCGCGCCGGCGCCGGCGCCGGAGGCGGAUCCGCCGGAACGGGAUCCGAGUCCCAACCCGCCCGUGGCGGCCAGGGAGGACGUGAUGCGCAAGUGCAAGAGCAUGGGCAACCUCGCCGCUCUUGGCGCUGGCGCGGACGGUGGAGGAGGUGGCGCGGACGGCGGAGGCGCCGGCGACGGGUACCUCUCCGAUGGCGGGCUGAUGCAGUCGUCCGGGAAGCGGCGGAGGGCGCAGGAGAGGAAGAAAGCUGUUCCUUGGACUGAAGAGGAGCAUAGAACAUUUCUUGCUGGUCUUGAAAAGCUAGGGAAGGGUGACUGGAGGGGCAUAGCGAAAAAUUUUGUUACCACCAGAACACCAACUCAAGUUGCAAGUCAUGCUCAGAAAUAUUUUCUUAGACAAACUAAUCCAAACAAGAAGAAGCGCAGAUCUAGUCUUUUUGACAUGAUGCCAAGAGAGCUGUCACCAACACCAAAUUGCCCCAUAUUACCUCCAUCAAUGGCAAAAGUACAUGACGUGGUAGCUAUGACGAAACAGCUCCAGAAUAGCAACUUGGAAGGAGCCUCAUCUUCCAACGCCGCUAAUGUAGCAUCUCAAGUUGGAAGAGAUCUCCCCCCAGUUCCAUCUUUUAAGGCAACAAAUAUGGAUUCAAGUUUCAGCAAAUUUAGCCACAUGGAGCGCUACUGGAGAACUCCCUACCCAUUCAGACCAAUUUCUAGAGCCCCCGAAGGGACGUCUUCAUCAACUCCUGUUGCUGCCAAUAUAGCUGUUCCAGCCUCUCAAGCUAACCUGACUGCAUGUACUAGCACAUUCUUGAGCCAGCGAGGUGAUACUUCAUCAUUGCCUCCGAAGGGAGAUCCUCCAUCAGAGGAGGAUUUGGAACUGACUGUUGCCCCACCCUCCCAACAAAACAUGACCAAUAUGUCUUCCCAGAAUGCGGUAGGCGUGAUUCAAGUCAUCUAAGCUAAUAUAUUUUUUUUUCUAGAAGUUACUGUGGCUAUUGAGAGUUGACCGAAUAAAUUAUUAACAUUCUAUUAGCAAUACAUCAAUAAGAGCACGAGUUAUAAGACGGUCAUUGUCUGUAAUCUGGCAUGCUCCCGCCAUCUUGUGCCUACUGCCUCUCUUUAGCUACUGAAGAUGUUAAGCGUGUGUUAAUGUGGGUUCAUCCCCUUUUUAGCUUUUACUUAUGUUACUUCCAUAUGUUUUAUUUAGGAAUUGGCGCAAGCUUAGCUGAUCA